CGCCGCGGGGCGCGCGACCGGUCCGCUCGGUCCUUCCGCGCAGGCGCAUUGCGCCGCGCCGUCUGUCACGAAAAAAAGGCGUGAGCGGGGCCUGCAGCGGAGGAAGUGGUGGUGGCGUCAUCAGCGGCGCGCCGCGGCGCGGGGCGGCGGGCCCGGCAUGAGCGCGGCCGAGCGGGGCCUGGGUGCGGCGGGCGGUAGUGGCGGCGGCCCCGGCCCCGGGGGCGGCCCUGCGGUGGAGUCGGGAGGCGGCGGCGGCGGACGGAAGGCGCGGGGGCGCCCGCGGCUGACAGAGUCGGACCGGGCGCGGCGGCGGUUGGAGUCGCGGAAGAAGUAUGACGUGCGGCGGGUGUACCUGGGCGAGGCACACGGGCCCUGGGUCGACCUGCGCCGCCGCAGCGGCUGGAGCGAUGCCAAGCUGGCGGCCUACCUGUUGGGGCUGGAGCGGGGGCAGCGCGCCGGGCGGCGCGGCAGGAAGCUGUGGGAGCAGGUCCCUAAAAAGCCCAAACGGAAGAAAAGGCGGCGGCGCAAUGUGAACUGCUUGCGGCACGCGGUGAUCUGGUACGAGGACCACCGGCAGCGCUGCCCCUACGAGCCGCGGCUGGCGGAGCUGGACCCCUCCGUGGGGCUCUACACCACAGCCGUCUGGCAGUGCGAGCGUGGGCACCGCUACUUCCAGGAUCUGCGCUCGCCUCUGCGACCCCUCAGUGACUCCGACGGGGACAGUGAUGAUGCAGCAGCUCCCGGCAGCUCCUUCUCAUCCUCAGGGGGUUGCAGCUCAGGCUCGGAGGCGACACCACAGGGGGCCCCGUCAGCAGCAGGCGGGGUGGCAGUGGCCCCCCCUGCGGGUCCAGGCCCCCCCGAGGGUGCUGCGGAGGGGCGGGCGGCAGCUCUGGAGGCUGUGGUCUGCGUACCCCUACCACUGCCUCUGCGGCUGGGUGCAGGGCGGGGAGCGCUGGCUGAGGGGGGGCCCCCCACCUUGCUGCAGGGUCCCCCCCUCCUCAUCCUGGCCAGCCCUGGCUAUGAUGCGUUGGGGGGGCUGCAGCUGGACGUGACAGGGGACGAGGUGCCCUGUGCUCUGCUGGAAGAGGAGGGCACCUUCCCCCCACCCCCCCCAGACCCCCACCUUCCUAAGACAGCAGAAGAGGAUGAGAUGCUGGGGUUGAAGCAGGAGGAGGUGCCCCGCCCUGCCACCGAGCUCCCGCCACAGCCCCCUCCUGAGUCCCCCCAGGAGCCCCCCCUGCCCCCCCCAGCUGAGGACACUGAUGGGGGUGAUGUAUCAGCCAUCAUCUACGAGAUCCCCAAAGAACCUGAGAGGCGGCGGCGGAGCAGGCGGGGCCGUGCCCCCCACCCUGACCCCGAGGGGCUACCGGAGCCGAUCGCCUGCCCCUAUGCAGGCUGCGGGCAAGUCUAUGUUGCUCUCAGUAGCUUCCAGAACCAUGUCAACCUGGUGCAUCGCAAGGGCCGGACCCAGCAGUGCCCCCAGCCCGGCUGCGGGAAGAGGUUUUACCUGGCUAACCACCUGCGCCGGCACAUGGUCAUCCACUCUGGCGUGCGGGAGUUCACCUGUGAGACCUGCGGGAAGUCCUUCAAGCGCAAGAACCACCUGGAGGUGCACAGGCGGACGCACACCGGGGAGACCCCCUUGCAGUGUGAGGUCUGUGGGUACCGCUGCCGCCAACGUGCCUCCCUGACAUGGCACAUGAGGCGCCAUGGGGGGCCAGGGCUGCGCCCCUUCCCCUGUGAGCGCUGCGGAAGGCGCUUUGAGCGCCCUGAAGGCCUCAAGUUCCACGCACUCAAGAGCCACCCCGAGCCCCGCGGCACUUAGCGGGGCGGCCCCCCGCUUCCCCAUGCUGGGUCGCUUUGACUUCCCUGGGGCAACCUCAUGCUGUGUGGAGGUAGGGAAGUGCCCUCUGGGGGUCCUGCCCCACCCCACCCUGCCCCAAGCACCCUGAGCCCGAUGCACUUGGUGGAGCCCCUCACCCCCGUGGGCUCCACAAGCUGCCUCAGGGGACCCUGACCCCCCAUUGCCCUGGGCCCCCUUGCUCACCCUUUAUUUAUUUCCUGACUCUCAGUUGUCAUGUUUGCUCUCCUCCCCUGGGGCAAUGGGGUCGGGGGACAGUGGGGACCCUGGUUUUGUCUUGGGGAGGGGGGGACCUGCCCCCCCCGAUGCCCCCCGAUGCCCCCCGUUCUAUUAAAGUGAUGGAUUUUA